GGAUCCCGCAAGGUAAGGCUCAAAGAUACACCAUUCUUCCUCCCCUUCCGUGAAUGGAUCCCGAUACCUCGCGUCAUCGUAGCGACCGAUGCUGAAGGUGAGCAACGGUAGUGACGUUGCCCCGAGUCACAAUGGCUUCCAAGAAGCAAAAGCCUCAGCAGGAGAUGGCCCAGGUUGAUCGUUCGAGUUCCGCAUCACCAUUCUGGCGCAUGAACUCCUCGAGCCCCUCAAAAUCCCCGGAGCAGCGAAAGGUCGUCGGGGCAUCCUAUUCACAUGCGGACAAUCUGUCGUUUGAUUCCUUAUCGAUAUCAGGAAACAAACGACCUAAUACACCACCGACGGCCUCUCAACAACGUGAGACUAGCUCCGGACCUUCACGUAGCGGACCUAUUUCCCCUCCGAUCCGCCGAACAUACGCUAGUUUCAACCCUGCCGCGACCAGAAGUUGGAAUACGGAAAGCAAUGGCGAAGGUGACGAGGACGACGAAGAGUUCGACUUCAACGAUGAUGAAGACGAGUUCGGUUUACCGAGCAUUACCAGCAUACGGAGGAAAACUAAACGGUCAACGCCCGCCAAAGGAGGACUAUCUUCUAGAUCACCGAACAUCAAAUCCGUGCCGCUGGGUCAGACCAUAUCCCGAACGAGCGUUUUGUCUGAUACUGGAGACAUAGCGCUGGAACGCGACAUCCCCACCUACCCUACCGCAAACAAAUCCACUAGGGACCAGAAGAUCCUCCGCCCACAAUACAAAGAGAUUCUCCGCGACCCAGCAAACAGUCUCCAUCUCAUCUCGCACACGGCGCCUCCGGCGUCCGCCACACCGAAGGAGCUGGAUGCACACAACUCUCGUCUAUCACGGAUUGACAAAUUCAAACGCCUCCUCCAAACCUCCAACAUCAAUAUCUCCGAACUCCGCUCAUUAUCCUGGUCCGGCAUCCCUCCCGAGGUCCGCGCAAUGUCAUGGCAACUCCUCCUCGGCUACCUCCCUUCGAACGCCGAAAGGCGCGUCGCCGUCCUCGAGCGGAAGCGCAAGGAGUACCUCGAAGGCGUCCGGCAAGCGUUCGAAAAGGGGACACUCGGCGCUGAAUCCGCCGUGGCUGCCAGAGUGGGCGGCGCAGGACCACAGCCUGUGACAACUUCGGGGAGAGGACGCGGUCUGGACGAGGCUAUUUGGCAUCAGAUCAGUAUCGAUGUGCCGCGAACGAAUCCGCAUCUCGAGCUGUAUGGCUACGAAGCUACUCAGCGGAGCUUGGAGCGAAUAUUAUACGUCUGGGCGAUUCGACAUCCGGCGUCGGGCUAUGUGCAGGGGAUCAACGACCUCGUCACGCCGUUCUGGCAGACUUUUUUGGGGAGUUAUAUCACGGACUACGAGAUUGAAUUCGGGAUGGAUCCUGGACAGCUGCCCCGGCCUGUGAUCGAUGCGGUAGAGGCGGAUUCGUUCUGGUGCCUUACCAAACUGCUGGAUGGGAUCCAGGAUAACUAUAUUUUCGCGCAACCCGGGAUUCAGAGACAGGUGUCUGGGUUAAAGGAUUUGACCACAAGAAUAGACGGCGCGCUCGCGAAGCACCUGGAGAGAGAGGGCGUCGAGUUCAUUCAGUUUAGUUUUAGGUGGAUGAAUUGUCUACUAAUGAGGGAGAUCAGUGUCAAGAACACGAUUCGGAUGUGGGAUACCUACCUGGCCGAGGAACGCGGGUUUUCUGACUUCCACCUCUACGUUUGUGCGGCAUUUCUGGUCAAAUGGUCCGAUAAGCUCCUGAAGAUGGAUUUCCAAGAGAUCAUGAUGUUCCUACAAGCGUUGCCGACACGCGAAUGGACCGAAAAAGACGUCGAGUUGCUUUUGAGUGAGGCGUUUAUUUGGAAGAGUCUAUUUAGCGGGAGUCGGGCACAUCUUCAAUAA